GUGCAGCACAAAAUCCAAAGGCGAGCUGAUAAGCCUAGAUGAAUAUUUGUCAAGGAUGCAAUCCGGUCAAAACAAAAUAUAUUACCUCACAGCGACCAAAAAUCAGUUGAAAAAGUCGCCCUUUAUUGAGAUGAUCAAGAAAAAAGAUCUUGAGGUGAUACUCUUAACAGAUGAUAUAGAUCCAUAUGUGGUCCAACAUCUGUUGGCUUAUAAGGGGAAUAGAUUCCAUGAUAUAUGCCGAGAUGGAUUCAAAUUCCACGAGGAAGACCUCGAGAAGUCAUUUGGAGAACUUGUUAAAUGGUCGACAAAGCUUCUUGAUGUUGAUGUAAAAAUCAACCAUCUUCUUUUCGACACUCCUUGUGUUGUGGUGGAGUCAAGGUACGGGUUGACUUCAUUUUUGGAGAUGUUACCACAUUGGGAGCCACAGGCACAGAUGCCUGGUAGAAGAGUGCUCGAAAUCAACCCUGGGCAUCUGAUGAUUAAGGAUCUUUGUCAGCAUGAACCAAAGGAUGAGAAUGUGCAGAGACUAGCUAUAGCCAUGUAUGGUAUAGCUUUGAUCGAGAGUGGGUUGUUGCUUACACAGUCGGAGAUUUCGACUUUUCAUCCGUUUAGAUUUGCUCAAAGCAGUCUAAACAGCUUCGGAGGUGUGAAGAAGGAGCCCGAGAUUGAAAUUGGGAAGAAUCUUUUUGAAAAAAUAUUUCCAUUACCUUGGAGCCGUUCGAGCAGAAAACUGUAGGAAUUCAUAGGUUGUGUGUAAAAAUUGUGAUGGAUUAGUUUUGAAAAUUUGUACGGAUGGUGCUAUCUUUUUUUAGUGAUAAUAACUUCCAGUGUUUUGUAUGGAAAAGGAAUAUUUGUCGUGAUUAUAUAUUUUCUUUUUCCCACUUCAGAAAGUUCACAGGGUAAAUUCAUGAAGUAUGUCCCUAUGCCUUGCCAGUUUCUGUGUAACAGAAGUGGUACAUGGCGCACAUCGACUCAUAAAAUCAUUUACAUCCAGUAGGUUGACUGAAUCUCCACGACCUGAUGGAUCCUAAAGUUGGCCAACCAGCCUCUAUAUAACCUGAAUUCAAUAAAAACAAGAAUCAGAAACCACACCACAAUCCGAGUUGUUCAACAAGUUCCAAAAAUCAGAAACAGGCCAUAUUUGCUUUGUUUGUUAGGGAAGCUCAAACCCAUGACAGCCUAUCUAAAGCUUAGGUGGGUAAUCCAGUAGUGUUGACCUUUAGGGCUUCAUGGACAAAGACAAGCAACUAACAAAUAUCGACAAGCAACUAACAAAUAUCUACAGAAGCUUACUCCUGAUCUCUAACAUAAUUAGACUAAGAUCAGUAAUUAGAGUAACAAUUUCUGCAAUUACAAUUUAUACUAAUUAUCUUCUUGCAUUAGAUUUGGUUGUAUCGUUUGCAUGAUUUCUAAACGUUAUAAUUUUCCAGCAAGCAAUUGAGGGGUAUAUUCUUUUAAAAUUAAAAUGAAACGGGUAUUUGGCAGCGAACUUAAGUUUAGGGAAUUCUAUAUUGAACUGAAGGAACUAUGGAAAAAGGCAAUAAGGUAACUUGGCCAUGCCAAUUAAUGAUGCACCUAAAGUGUAACAGCACCCUACAGGUUAGCAGUUUAGAGCAGAUGUUAGCGGAAACGUGAAACUAAAGAACAAGGAAGAACAACAAUAUUUAAUGUGGUUCGGAUCAAAAUGAUCCUACGUCCACCAAAGAACAACUGCACCG